UGAUUGCAAACCCCCGUCGGUGUUACACACGCUGAAAAUUCUGGCACAUGAUCACUUUACAUUAACUGUGCUUUACGUCACCGAAGAGCCGAAUUUGGAUAAUCAGUCAUCGCAAAUCCAAUGACGUACAACGCAAAUACACAUACAGAUGAAGAUAACACAUGUUAAAGCUAGGAAGAUACGAAAAAAAGAAUACUGCGAAAUGAUCUAAAUCCUACACGAGUGUGAAAUCCGCCAUCUUGGGAAGUAUAAAUUACAUAGAAAUCUCUGCUUGGAAGUAAACAGAAAUCGUUCACAUAGUUUCUACAUAACUUUAUCGUCGCCUAUAAAAAUGACAAAUAUUGAGGAUAAAAAGGAAACAUUAGAGUCAAAAGAAGAAGUGAUUUGUCCAGUCUGCUCCAAUUUUGAACCACAAGCAUGGCGGAAGAACAUGUGUAGAAACUGUUUUCAUUCUCUAGAUGAGCAUGGGGCCAAUACUGAAGAAAAUAUGGACAACAAAACGAUGAAGGACAAGAAACUGGAGAAUGACAAGGUUAAUGAUAUGCAGAAAAAGAAAUCCGAGACUGACACGUCGAAAAAAAAAGGUGAGCCUCCGAAAACAUUAGCAAAAUCCAAAAAUCCUAAUUUAUCUGUUGACAUUUCCAAGAAAGAUACUAAUGGUAAUCUUAAUAAAAGUCCAAGCAGUCCCCUAAAGAAAUCUGGAUCUCCAUUUAUUAAAUCACCAGAGGUGAAAGAUUUCAAAUCUAAAUCCCCUCUAUCACCUACGAAGUUGACAGAAGAUUUAAAAUCGAAAGGAAAGAUUUCGUCUCCAACAUCUCAGAAAAAUAUUUCCCAAAGCAAGUUAGAGACCAAAAGAACUGAAAGUUCUAAGGAUAAUGAGAAACAGGUAACCUCUGCGCCGAGCGCAUUAUCAAAAUGGAAGCAAAAUGAGAAUAGAUCAGUAUCGAAAGAUAAAGAGCCAUCUGGAGAGGAAAACAAACAAAUUGGUAAACAACAAGUAUCAAAGGUUGAUGAUAAUAAAAAUAAAAUAGAUGAAAAAGCAAGUAAAUUUCAAAGCAAAACUAUCGGUUCGAAAGAUAAGAAAGAACAGGAUCCAAAGACACCAAGCGCGUCAUUGUUAACGAAGAAAGACAACACGCCCAAAUCAAAGACAGAUGAGUCGAGCAAAGUUCGACAAUUCGCCAGAACAUUCGGGUCUGACUUGGAAGAAAGCCGAUUUAAUAGCUUGGAGCGCCAGAAGAAGGAGAAAUCAUCUACUACAUUGCCUGCUAAUGAUCAAUGCAAAUCGGGUAUAAAAAAUCAGUCAACUCCCGAAGCCGUACAGAAGGGAACGAACUCGACAGAAGGUAAAGAGAGCAAGCCGUCUGCUUUGUACGAGAAGAUCAAUAAGUUCACUCAUUCUGGACAAAAGCAGGUGGACAAAAAUGAUAAACCCUUUGGAUCUUUGGAUAGGAGGAGACACUCCGAGGAGAAAACACGUGACAAUGAAACUUCUGCGGAAGCUGGACAGAGAGUUGACGCUGAGCUUGAAACAGUGAAAAAGCAGUUAAGUGUUAUGGAAAUAAAAUGUAAGGCUUUAGAACAGGAGAACAAUCAAUUAAGGACUGGACUGAAGGAAAAAGAAAGUGUUGAAAGUAGCCUAAAAUCGCAAAAAUCCGAGGUCGAAAAUGCUAUUAAAGGUUUGCGUGAAACUUUGCAAGUCAUGGAGGACAAAUGUAACAAAUUUGAAGGAGACAAUACGACUCUAAUGGAGAAAUUAAAAGCGCAACAAAUACAGCAGAAAGAAGCAAUGAAAAAUGCUACAAAAGCUGAAAUGGAAGAUAUGGAGGUCCAAUUAUCGGCGAGUGAAAAUGACGUGGAAAAUCUUAAGACCGAAAACGAAGAACUUAAAAAUGAAAUACAGGAUCUUAAGAUAGAGAUGGAUGAGAUGUAUGACAGUUUCCGAGACCAAGAGGCCGAGGAAUUCCGAGAUCUCCAACGAGAACUUGAAAUGACAGCCAAAAAUUGUCGUGUUUUACAGUUUAAACUACGUAAAGCUGAAAGACGAAGUGAACAGAUUGAAUUAGAUCGUCAGUCAUAUGAAGAAAAACUUCAUUUGUUGCAAAAUCAAUUUGAAGAUGCAGAUGCACGUGCACACAUUAGGAGUAUCGAAGAUGAGUUACGAAUGGCAAAGGAAGUGUCUGUUAGACUCCAUGACGAGCUUGACAUUUUAGAUGAUAAAAGAUCAAAAGUGGAGGAAGAUAAUAACCAUCUCACACGACUUCUGGAACAGUCCGACAAGAAACAAUUCCGUUUAGAAAUGGAGAUCGACAAACUGCGUGACCAGAUGGCAGAUUUACGAAGGCAACUUGCAGAAAAAUCCCAGGCUGGAACCCCCUCCACAGAGGAGGCAAGUGAUCGCAAGAUACUUCUUGGAAGAAUAGGAAAACAGGGAAGUCAAGAACAAGAAGUAUCCCAAUUAAUGAAGGAUCUAUACGAUAGCAUGGAACGCGAGACGGAUCUCAAAGAUCAGCUUAAGUUCGCCGAGGAAGAAACGAAGUCCAUGCGAAUGAAACUCGAAGAAUUAGAAGAAGAAAAUGACACGCUAAGUCAGCAGUUAAAGAAAAUGUCGUCUGCCCAAGCAACAAGGCGGGAAGAGCCAAAGAAGGGAACAGUUACGGAAACGGAAGUGGAAUUGAAGGUUCAGUUGGACUUAAAUGAACAAGAUUUGCUAAUAUCAAAGAAGAAAAUUCAAGACUAUGGAAACGAAAACGAGAAAUUAAAAGAAGAAAUAGCAAAUUUAAAGAAAGUGGUUGAGGAAAAAGAUCAUUUACUUCAUGUGAUGCCCGAACCAUCCUCACCAAAUGCAUAUUAUGAAGACAAGCUCAAAGAGAUGAGUCUAGAAGCAGACGACUUGAGAUGGCGGAUUAUAGAAAAAGAGCGGGAAAAUAACUGUUUAUAUGUACAGUUAUGUAAUUAUCAAACAAAGCAAUCAUCAAAAUUGAGAAAAAGUAACUCAUUUGACAGUGAGUAUUCGCAGGUUGUUGACCUCAAGAAGCACGUGGAAUUCUUAACUCAAGAAAACGCAGAUCUCAAAGACAAAGUAAGCGAGCUAGAAGAACUACAGAAUGAGAGGUUACGUAAAAAUAAAAGUCCUAUACGAAUUGAAAGUCAGGUCUUUGAGAGCAGCAGGCAAUCGCCUGCAAAGAACAAUGUUGAAAUGAUUGGGAAAACAUCUUUAAGUGAUGCUAAUGUAAUGUUUACAAACUCGAAAGAUGGAAAUUAUUUGCCAUCUCCUUCGGAUCAAACAAGUACAACAAGUAUAAUUACAGACACUGUUUCGCAAGAUUCCAAAGUUUUAGAAAUCUCUACCAGCGAGAUGGCUAAACAAAAUGAAAAUGCAGAAAGUUUGAAAAAACAAUUGAAAGCUGUUGAAUUGGAAAACCAAAAUCUGCAAUUGAAAAUGUCAGAGCUAAUGAAGGAAAUUGAAAUUAUGCAGAAGAAGAAUUUCGGUGGCACUGAAGAAAAUGCAUCGAGCAAGAAAGAUGCAAAGGUUUCUGAAGGAGAAAGUCGUGAGGAAUUGAUGGACACCAUAUUGGACCUGGAAGAAGAAAUUGAAUCCCUAUCCAAGAAACUGAGUCAGAGAAACCAAGAGACUGCCAGUCUUAUGAAGAAAGAGGAAGAAUAUUUAAAGCAAAUAGAGAAAAUUGAAGACGAAUACCGAAAAAAGGAACUUGAUCUUCUCAACGAUUUGGACAUUGCACAAGAUAAAAAUGAGAUUCUUAGUAAUCUACUGGAUAUCGUGAAAGAGCGUGCAGACACAGCAGAACGUGAAUUAGAGCGUGUAGCAGCCUCAUUCUCGGUAGCCAGUGACGGAAGCGGACGCAGUGCAAGAGUAAUCAGCACUUGUAGUGACGUCAGCCUCGGAAGUGACGAAGUAUUUGAUGGAGCAUCUCCUGGUGUGUCUCCCGGCUUGUCUCCAAUAACUCCUGGCAGUCCAGAAUCGCCAUUAAAAAGACAAGUCAUCCAAAGAGACUGGGAUAACCAGUUUCGUAAAAGGAUUGACUGCUUGGAACGUCUGCUGGCGGAGGAGAGACAAAAACUAGCGGCAACAGAGAAGAAAUUAGCUCUCGUGUCAACAGAGAGCAUCUCUACCGCCAUGUCGGACGACGCUAAGCUUUUCGCUAGGGAGAAAGAACUCCUUCAAGCAGAGAUUUUAGAAGGAAAGAAACUCUUGAAGAUAGCAACAGAUCAAAUAAAGGGCUUACGAGAACGAAUGUUCACACUGGAAGAAGAAAAUCGAUGUCUGCGGGCUACCUGUGCCGCUGAAAAUGCCGAAAGUGAGGAGUCGGAAAACGAAAAGACACCAUCUUAUCAUAUUGACGAGAGGCCUUCAUUUGAUGUGGCGACGAAGGAUGCGUCUAAAAUCCAAACCCCAAUAGACGUGUCUAAUUACAGAGAGAGAAUUGCAAGUUUGGAAAAGCAAUUGAAAGAAGUAGAAGCACAAUGGAGAUCAAAAUGUACCACCAUUGAAAAAGAAAAGAUUGAGUCCCAGCAGCGACUACGAGAGUUAACUGCGGAUUCGGAGGCGCUAAGAGGAUCGCUUAAGGGAUUCAAAGAAGAUGUUGGAAAUAAACAAAAACAAUUGAGGGAAAUUGAAGAGAAAAUUACAGUUAAUUCAGAUAUAUUAAAAAGGAAAGAAGAGAUCAUGAAUGAGCAAGAGGAGAUAAUCAAACAGAGGGAAGAAGACUUGCAAUCACUUCUCGAUCAAAUCUCGCACAGAGAUAAUGAAAUACGAGAUUUGCGCGAGAAAUUGCAUCCAAUAGACGAAAAAUUUAAAGAAAAGGAAGAUAUAAUCAAAUCUUUAAAAGAUAUUAUUGAGUCAAAACAGGAAGAAAAUAAUUAUCAAGCUGAAGAAAUUUCAGAACUCAAUGAAACAAUUGAAUUGAAACAAAACGAAAUCGACGAACUUUCGGGAAAUUCAAAAACUCAAAAUGUUACUAAAGCGGAAUGGGAGCAGGAUAACAAACAGCUUAAAAAUGAUUUGGAAACAAUGGCAUCGAAUCUUGGUAAACUUCACACGGAUAAUUUUAGUUUACAAGAGGAGUUGGAAAAAACCAAGCAAGCUCUAAGCGAAGCAAUGGUCUUGUGGAACAAGGACCGCUCACAAAUUGAAAUAGCCUACAAUGUAGCCAAGGAAAAGCUGCGAAUAUAUGAAGAGACCGCAGCAAAAAAAGAAAGUCAAAUUGUGGCUCUUCUUCGAAAAGAAACCCAUAAGUUGUUGGAAAGUAAGGAAAAAAUUUCGACUGAUUUUAGAGUUAUGAAAAUCGAAAACGAAGCUAACAUGAGGACCCUGAAGAGUGAGAAACUGAAAUUACAGGACGAGCUUACGCAGAAGAUACGUCAAUUAACGGCUGAAAUGACGUCAAAUGAUAAAAUGAAAGAGGAACUUCAAAGAUUAAGGGCACAGGAAGAUGUGGCUUAUCAAAUUCAAUACCAUGAGAAAGUUCUCCGUGCAGAAUACCUGGCAAUGAAAGUCAGAUACGAAACAAGAUUAGAAAAUCUUCAAAAAGAGCACAUGAAACUUCUAGGCGUUCUUGAUAAACUACAGCGUGAAAAGGUCCUUAAUCAAGAGAUGAUAAAAGGUGUACAAAAAGGAAUGGGAACUAUGAAGGAAACCUACACCAAAGACCUGGAGCAUUGGAAAGAAGAAAGAAAUGUACUUGAAAAGCACAUAAAGGAGAUAGAAUCUAGUCGGAAGUUGGCCAUUGAACUUGAGGCUAAAGUGGAGGAACUGAAGCAGCAGCUUGCUGACCAGGAAUAUGAACGGGCCGAAAUUGUCAAUCGUAUGACCUCAGAACGAUCAAAAUGGGAAGUGGAGAGAUCUGGGAUGCAAAGUCAUAUAAACCAGUUGGAAGAAAAACUGGAUACUGUAGCAUAUUCACAGUACAGAACUAAAGACAUGCAAAGCCGAAUGGAAGUUGCAUGGGAAUCUGAGAGAGCUGAGCAAAAGAGAUUACUUAAUGAAGCACACGAACUGGCAAUGGACCUGCAGAGACAACUGAAAUGUCGGGACGACGAACAUUCAAGAGAGCGCAAAGCUUUACUGGAACAAAUGAAAAGACUCAGGAAGGAACUAGAUGAAGAACAGUUAUUGAGAGAAAAGAGACUUACUCAGAUUGAAUCAAGUAAAAAAGAAAUUGAAGAAUUAAAGAAGAAAUUAAUAGAAAUGUGCCAUCGUUCCGAGAAAGACCAAGAAUCAACAAUGAAAGACAAAGUGGAUCUGGUCCGUCGUUUGGCGGAAUUUCGCAGAACACAUAAGCGGGAUCAGAGAAGAAUCGAAGAUAUUUUAUCUGAGCUGACAAGGUUGCGGGAGCUUGCCUCAAUAGUGAUUGAUUCUGAAAACCCGGAUGUGGAAUGUGACGUCAUUUCCAGAUUAGAACAAUUAGCUAAACCAUCAUCAGAAUCCAAAAGACUCUCCAUACAUGCAAAUAUGGAUAUGAAGCAAAAAGUAAAUGAGGUUGUACUGCAAUAUAUGAAAGAGUCCUUAAAGGAAAUCCACUUUGCAGCAGAUAAUUUGUCCAGACCAAGUUCACGGGGAUCAACGGACGACGAAAGACGGAGAUUGCGAAGAAGUAUUUCCAGUUCAGAGUUGGAUUUUCUACUCAAAGACGAAGCAGUUGUAGACCAACAAAUAGAGACAUUGAAAGAUUCCAGACGAAACACUCCAACAAAAUUCCAUGAUUUGGUCAGUAAUAAAUUAAACAGAAACAUAUGCUCUAACGGACCUGGAGAUCUCAUGGACGUCAGAACAGAUGACUCAGACACUGAGAUGACCAUUGAUCCGGAACCUGGAACCGUGAGUGAUCGCCAUCAAAGAAUCAUGAUUGAUGUCCAUCAUGAAGAGGGCGUCACAUCCAAGUUCCCUGUUCCUCCACCGACUUUCUUAUUACCAAAAUCUCACCACGUUGUUUCUGUAAGCUCACAAAGUUCAAAAAGUGUUUCAACAACAGUUACGACAAUGGCUACAUCAAGAAAAGUUCCAAACAGUCUGUCUUUAAAUAUGUUAAAUGACAGCUCUAACAGGAAUGUCGUCUCUGCCAGUGCUUCACCAGUACAUAUACCAAAUAAUUUUGACCUUAUUAACCCCAAAUCCAAGUCUGAACUAAAUAUUCCAUCUAAAAGUACACGGGUUUCUAAGGAAAAUGCUCGACGGAGAUUCUUUGAAAAGGUUGAGGACAACGAUGGACAAUCUUCUAAUAUCAAAUCCAUUAGUGAAAACAAUCUUUCCAUUACAAACAAUGGAGUAAUGAUUUCUGAUAAUUCAAACAACCAUACAGACGUGGAAUACACUAAGGAAAUCAAUAAUAAACACGGGUGCUCAUCAAGUGAUAGUGAAACAAAAUUACACAAAACUGAGCAUGGUGAAAAGCAUUUAAAAAUAACCCAACCAAAGAAGAAGCGAAAAUUGUUUAAAAAGUCUGUUAGCAUGGAUACUUCUGCCGUACAUAGCACGCUAGCAGAGGGUGGUGUUUCAGCUGUAUCGCCUGGGGCACCAUCGUCGUUGUCGCCUUUUGAACUCUUUGCUGCUGUGAAGCGCAGAUUGAAGCCGUCGUUAAAACGAUCAUCUUCAUUAACAGAAGGUCGAAAAGGCCGCUCUUCGGGCGAGACCGACAGCUCCAAAUAUUUAAGUCAAAGCGAUGCUUAUGCAAGCUCGUCUUAUUCCUCCAGAAAUGAGAGUUUACGGGAAUCACCAAUUUCAACUCCAGUUAUGCAUGAAGCACAGUCCGUAGAUUCAGGGUCACUCAUUCCGCCACCCACACCCCCAAUUUCAAUGAUGAACAGGAGACUGUUACCAAAACUUCAGGAACUACAUGAAGAUGAUGGUCGUAAAAGCAGAGGAAAGAAAAACGAAAAGAAGAAAAAAUUCCGUUCAAAGUCGGCCGAACGAGCCGCAAGUGGGCCCGCCUCCUUAACACAAGACAUUGUUUUUAAUGAGGAUCUUGCCACACCUUUUUCUCAUUCCCCUUUUAGCGAGACUUCAGUUUAAUUUUGACUUACAUGUAGUUAUGGAUAGAUGAACUCAGUAAUUGAUUUUAAUUUGUUUGUGAAUCCCAUUCCAUAAGCUUUUAGUAAAAAAGGUAUGUCAAAUUGCACAUUUAUGUACCUCAAUUGUACUUUACACAUUCAUGGUGGACAUAUAUAUGAUAUUAUUUUCCAAUUAUGGAGAAAUUGAUUGCAUUUUUAUUUAUACGUUUCAAAUUAUUUAAUUUUCUUUUGCAUGAAAUAUAUAAAGAAAGUGUGUUAACUUCGAUAGAAUAUUCAUGGUUUACUUGAUUUUGUUUACUGGCAACAGUUUUGAAAUCUAAAGUAAGCUUAGAAGUUCUAUCUUUUCCUCUUGAUUGACAGUUUCGACCCUUAUAUUUCGUGUCGCACAAGAGGCCAGGUAUUCUGUAAGACAUCGUUGAGUGCACUGUGUGAGACGGUGAUUAUUUUUUAAAUUAAUUUCUGCUAAUUAAUUGUGCAUUUAUAAGGUUACGUUCCCUUUGAAGACCCAAAUACAAUGUACAUGUAGGGAUACAAAGACCCCCAUGAAGAAUGUUAAAACGAGAAUUUACCAAAUGCUUUAUGUCAGUGGCUUUUAUCCUUCAUCUCUACUCAAGCAUAUGUAUCAAGGAGUUUCUGAAUGUUUAUUUAUUUCAUUAGCAUCGAUUAAAUAUAUAUCUUAUACCUUUGCAUGCAUUGUACAUGUAGAUUUUGACUUUUACAUGAAUAUACAUAUAAGAUUUUUUUUAAUUACAUCUACAUGUACAUUGUGUAUCCUUAGAUAUUGGAUGGCUAAAAAAUAAUUUAGCAGCAUCCAGUGCAAACAAUGGAGACAUGUAUGAAACAUACAAAGGUAACAUUAAUAUGAUUUGUUUUAAUAUAUGCUAUGAUAGUUUGUAAUGCGAUUGUAAUGAACUGCUGUAGACCACUAAAUUUUCGCGACACUUUAUUUUCGCGAAAUAGUCAUUGACUUUAUAAGCGAGACAUAAUUUUCACGAAUAAUUGUUAUUCCUCUAUAUAAUCUUAAGAAAUACUAUUGUACGCGAGAAUGAAAUUUUCGCUAGCUGUCUCGCGUAAUUACGCAAAAAUAAAGUUCUCGCGAAAGUGAUUUAGAGUAAUACAUACAGUACCGUUAUGUAAUUCAUGAGCAGCAUAAACAUUCAAAGUGUAAUCUCAGUUGUUCUAGUCUAUUAUUGUGAUGUACGUUACUACUUUGCCAGGUUAUACACGUUAUGAUUUCUUAAGUAUUUUUUUCUUCAAAUUACACAUGUCAAAAGUACUAUGUACUUAGAAAUCCGUUUUAAACUAGCUCUACAACUAAGAUAUCAAGUACAGAUAAUAUGCUUAUCAUUCAGAUGGUAGUUUGGUAAACAGAGAUAAUCCUACUGCUGUCGUUUCUCUUGGAGAUAAGAUACUUUUAUGUAUUGAAAUUUUCUGUGAUUAUCCAUUUUCUACAACUUGUAAAAAUACAUGUCGUGUAUGGUUUGUGUUUCAAAGAUGAAACACGUGUAGAAUAUAUAUCUGGGCAGUUCUUUGUAAGUUUUGUUAUUAUAUACAUCUUUUAAUUAGAAAAUAUUUUGUUACAGAAAUUUGAUUGAAUUUAGAUAAAAUAUAUUUGAACGAAA